GACGUCACAGCACCUUCAGGAACAGCAGUCGGUGGGCCCGUGGUGUCCGCAUUGUGGUUGAUGAGUUUCUCUCUGGUUUUCAUGGAGAAGGUGACUCCGUGUUGGUGAAACCUGAGCUGAACUUUGAAGUGUUUGCUUUGAGAAGCUGCGGGUUCAAACAUCAUGUCCGCCUCCGCUAUAUUUGUGUUGGACCUGAAGGGGAAGGUGCUGAUUUGCCGGAAUUACAAAGGCGAUGUGGACAUGGCAGAGAUCGACCACUUCAUGCCUUUACUCAUGCAGCAUGAAGAGGAGGGACUUCUCUGCCCUGUAAUAUCUCAUGGCAACGUUCACUUCAUGUGGAUCAAACACAGCAACCUCUACCUUGUGGCCAUGACAAACAAGAACUCCAACGCCUCCCUCGUCUACUCAUUUCUCUACAAACUAGUCGAGGUGUUCACAGAAUACUUCAAAGAGCUGGAGGAAGAGAGCAUUCAGGAUAAUUUUGUGGUCGUCUAUGAGCUGCUGGAUGAGCUGAUGGACUUUGGAUUCCCUCAGACGACCGACAGCAAGAUCCUUCAGGAAUACAUUACUCAGGAAGGUGCCAAGCUCGAGGUGGCAAAGACCAAGGUGCCGACCACCGUCACCAACGCUGUCUCCUGGCGGUCGGAGGGCAUCAAAUACAAAAAGAACGAGGUCUUCAUUGAUGUCAUCGAGUCCAUUAACGUACUGGUGAAUGCUAACGGCAGUGUGAUGAGCAGCGACAUCGUGGGUAGCAUCAAGCUGAAAACCAUGUUGUCUGGGAUGCCUGAGCUGCGGCUGGGCCUCAAUGAUCGAGUGCUUUUUGCCCUCACAGGACGUGACAAGGGGAAGACGGUGGUGAUGGAGGAUGUGAAGUUCCAUCAGUGUGUCCGGCUGUCACGUUUUGAGAACGAUCGUACGAUCUCCUUCAUUCCUCCAGACGGGGAGUCCGAACUCAUGUCCUACCGCAUCAACACUCAUGUAAAACCUCUGAUUUGGAUUGAAUCCAUCAUCGAGAAAUUCUCUCACAGUAGAGUGGAGAUCAUGGUUAAGGCAAAAGGACAGUUUAAGAAACAGUCUGUGGCAAAUAAUGUGGAGGUGAGGGUCCCUGUUCCCAGUGAUGCCGACUCACCAAAGUUCAAAACCAGCACGGGCAACGCGAAAUAUGUGCCUGAGAAGAACCUGGUGGUGUGGACCAUCAAGUCUUUCCCUGGAGGGAAAGAGUUUCUCAUGAGAGCCCACUUUGGUUUGCCCAGUGUGGAGAAUGAUGAGUUGGAGGGUAAACCUCCAAUUACUGUCAAAUUUGAAAUCCCAUACUUCACAGUCUCAGGAAUACAGGUGCGGUAUAUGAAGAUCAUAGAAAAAAGUGGUUACCAGGCUUUACCCUGGGUCCGCUACAUCACACAGAGUGGAGAUUACCAGCUGAGGACCAAUGUGUAGAGCCUGAGGGGAUGUUUUACUAUGUAUUCCUCAUGUCCAGGACUUCCAGAGGAGCAUUAAUGAUCACUUUCACUAGACUGAACGAAUGUCUUUAAAAUUUCACCUGCAAUGUCAAUGAUUUUGUUUUAUGAAAAACCUGUGUGAAACUUGACUUUAAUGUUUCUAUUGUGUGCAAAUUAUUUAAAUGCUUAAUCAUAAUAUUCCCUAAAUAAAAUUUGUCCUCAGUAA